AUGCUUUACAUGCGGCUGCAGCCGGGCUACGAGGUGCUCACGAAGCCGGGCUCACUCGUCUCGAUGGAGGCGACUGUGCAGGUCAAGGGCAAGAUGAACUUCACUUUGAAGAAACUCUUCACCGGCGGAGAGUUGACAUUCGCCCACUUCUUCGGGCCCGGAGAGGUCGUGGUGGCGCCCGCGACGUGGGGCGACAUCGCGCAGAUCCAGAUGGAUGGAAGCUCGCCGUGGUACUACGGCAAGCACGCGUUCCUCGCGUGCACACCAGGCAUUCACAUGUCCACCAAGUCGCAGAGUUUCGGCAAAGCGCUCUUCUCCGGCUCCGGCCUGUUCGUCGGCGAGGCGCAGGGCGCAGGGAUGCUCUUCGUGCACGGCAUGGGCGCGGUGAUCGCGCGCGAGCUGCAGCCGGGCGAGCAGUGGAUCGUGAACAACGACCACCUCGUCGCGUGGAACUGCCAGUACAAUGUGGAGAGGAUCCAGGCGGGCGGCAUCGUCUCGACGCUGCAGAGCGACGAGGGCGCGGUGUGCAGGUUCACAGGCCCGGGGAUGGUGUACGUCCAGUCGAGGAGCCCGCAGCAUUUGAUAAACUGGAUUUCGGAGCACCUGCCGACGUCCGGGUGA